ACCAAUCAGAAACGUGAAAUCGUACGUCGCGUUAAAACAUGGCCGCGCGGCGAGAGAAUGUUUAUACCGCAACAAAGCUAGAUAGCUCAUUAAAUAAUAAGUAAAAACGUAAAGCAAAAGCUUGAACUCAAUGAAUCGAAUGUUUAUUAUUAAUAUUGUGCAGUGUAUGUCUAAUAAAUAAGCAUGACAGACAAGAAUGCCAUCGAUACCCGACCUACAGCAGAUGAGACCAAAGAAAUUCGGAGCCGAGUUUCUAAGGUUUCGCAGAACAAAUUCAAAACAAAUAAUAAAUAUAGACGAAAACAAACACGCUCUCCAUCAUUGAGUGCCUCGCUGUGUUAUGGAAAAGAUGUGGGAACCCCAAAACAUAAAUCAAGGAUAAGAUUUAAUGGUUGCAGCAAUAGUGAUUCCCCAAGUGAGGCAGAAGCUCUGCAGGACAUCAUCUGGGAUCCUGCUUCACCACCUCCAAUGAGGGAUGGAAAAGGAGCAGGAGAAAGUGUCAGAGACGUGGAGAUAUCUGAGAUUGUCAACAGAAUUGCGCCAAAAGAUGAGAAGCCUAUGGAUAAUGAUUCAGUGCUUCAGUGGAUUGGAGAUACUGCUGUUCCCUGCACUCCGGAGAUUCAGCGAUCCAGAGUUCGGCGAUUCUCAGAACGCCGGCAAAGUAACAAUGUUGAGGACCUGAUGAAACUCGCCAAGCAAUUUGACCUUAACAUGACCCGCCAACACAAAGAAAGGAAUCUUGAGAGGCUGCAGAAUAGUGAGGGAACAAAUUGUAAGGACUUGCACAAGCUCAACAAACUCACUGCCACACACCCAGAAUCGGACAGUAAUGGAGCUUCAGUUGUAGAAGCCCAAGGACUAAGCCAUGAGGAGGAGCUGCAUGCUCUGUUUGAUGGACCGACCCAGCACUUGAGUGGGAGACUAAGCCCUCCAUCUGCUAACUGUUCUCAGGAGAGCGGGACUGAAAACACAGCUACUCAUGAAAUGAGACCAGCCGCUUCAGGCAAAAAGAAUCUCCCUGAAGAUGCUCAGGUGUCAAAACCAGACUUUGAUGAUGACUGGGAGAAUGAUGAUCUUUUCAGUGAAUUGUCUGUGCUGGAGGUGACUCAGAACCCUUGGCUUCUGAGCUCCUGUACAGCAAAGACCACUAGUCAGACAGGGUUUGCUGCUUCCAGAAAAUGUGAACCUACAACGGCAGCCAGUUCCUCUGGAUCAAGCAGCAGAGCUGGUUGCCUUCAGUCUCACCAGAUUACCAGUCAGUACACUAGGAUCUCAUCAAAAACUUGCACCAAUCCUAGUACUUUCAGGUGUGAUGGUCCUGUCCAGUCCGGUGCAAUUAAGCAACUUCCAAAAACCCGCCCUGAUAUGGUCAGCACAGAAUCAGAAUAUCAGAAAGCACAUGCACUGGGUAGAAAGCAGCAGAUGAUUAUGAACAAUGUUGGCCCAGGAGCAAAAGAUUUAGCCAGUUCAGCUGUAGCAUCAGGGAAAAACUUGGACUCUCUGUGGGGUGAUGGAGAUGAUUAUGAUGAUGAUGAUGAUCUGCUUUAUCAGGCCUGUGAUGACCUGGAACAAAUCUCAGCCAGUCAAGAGCAGCAAAGAGAGAAGAAUUCAACCAAGCCCUCACAUUCCUCACCUGUAGUACUUUCAUCCAUCAUCACUACUAGUUCUUCAAGCAUGAGUAGGAACAGCAGAACUGUUCAAUCUCAGCAUCCCACAGACCACAAACAGCCUGUAUGUGUUUUCGCACGCUCACAUUCAAUACCAGGUGCUUCAGGUAUUCAUGGAAACAAGCUAAACUUGUCUGAAUCAGCUAGCACUUCAAAAGUAAGCCACUAUCCUCAGAACAGCGGGCAACAGCACCAUUUCAUUCAGCUGAGGCAUGCUACAGGACCUUCUGGAGAAAACUCCCACCGUUCCACAUUCAAGAGGCAUCUGUCUGACCCAGAGGCACUGAGGAACAAAGUGUUUAUCGCAGUGCAGCCAGCAGUGAAGUGCUCUGCUGCUGAGAUUGAGAGGAAGAAGCGGGAGGCUAUGGCAAGGAGGAGAUUGCGACUGCAAGCCACUCAGAAGUCUGGUGCUACCACAUAGCCCACCACAGAGGAGCCUGACUUCUUAAAAUGAGUGCUAUCUGCUCUCUGACAUCUAAUGGAAUAAGUUAAGGUCUUUGAGUCUGAUUUCUGCCUACUGACCUUUUUUCAAUUAUUUAAAUUUCAUCUAGCUGCCACCAUAAACCACCAGCAUACUUCCUCAAUAUAAGUUGCUAGUUUGUGUCAAAACACUUAUCAACCUUUUUUUUUUUUUUUUUUAAUUUUAAUUAAUGUUUUAUAAAAUGUUCUCUAAUUUCUUGUCCCGAUAUUUUCAAACAUAAUGAGAGAAAAGAGCAGUUCUGCAUCAUUAAGAAUUACCUUGGAGAGGAAUGUAUAUAGUUUCUCUCCUGGAAUUGUUCAUCACUGUGGUUCCACCUUUAGUGGCAGUAGAACCCUAUGUCUGUCCUUGUGAUCUGCACAUUGAACUUUUCGUAUUUAGUUUUUCUGUUGUCUGUUUUGUUUUCCAUCACUUACCAGUGGCUGUUUACUCUGUGGGUUGCCUGUGCAAAACUGUAAAUUUGAUUGAGAUUGCCAUGAUAAAGCAUGCAUAAUGUUAUUGUCUUCUGUUCUUGGGAAAGGCAAACUGCAUUUUCAGUUCAAAAAGAGACUAUUGCCAUGCUAACAGCAGGUUGAGUUCAGGCUGUGAGAGCCUAUGAAAGAAGUGCCAUUCCACAUGUUUCCAUAAACAUGAUGUGAAAUUAAGCAAAUAUGUAUGUACAAGUGCAGCUCAUAGAAGGUAUUUAAUCCAAUUUGUCUUGUUUUUGUUUGUCUGUAUUUUUCUUUGUCUUUCUGAACUGUGCCUUUCAGGUGUAACCAAACUUCUUCUCAAUUUAAGUUCUUAGAAACAUUCUAAAUUGAAAAUUAAGGUUUUCUUUGCACAUUAAAUGAAAAGCCCUC